UGGGCACGCAUCCUAGCGCAUGUCAGUCGCGUUCCGGCUUUCCUAAUCAAGCUGUCAUAGGAAACAGCUUCCCGUUCGUGUCCUCAGACACCUCGUUCUGUGCGAGUUCCAUCCGCUUCUUAUUACCAUACCGUAUUGGACACCCGUUCUCGCUUCUGCUGUCCCCACCCACGCAUUGUUGCGGCACCGAUCCAUACCGGGCUUUCUUCUUAACAUUCCCCUUUGGUUCCGCGAAUAGUUACGCGCAAUGCCGCGCCAAAGGAAACGGCCCCGGGAGGUCGUCGACUUGACCCAGGAGAGUGGGGAGACCCAUCAAGGCGCACGCCCCGCCAAAUCCCCCCGCCUCCCUUCGUCGUCGUCGUUUAGCUCGCAGGUUUCCGUACCAGGAUCCAGCCAGUCGUCUUCCAUUGCCUACUCGCAUGCGCCCUCCAGUUCCGCUCCGGCACUCCCCUCCUAUCACGAUGCGAGCGAACGCUUGUCAUGGCAAACCCCAGCCAAUGACGACGACGAACCGUCCACGCAGAGUCUCACCCAAAACGAUGACGGUCCGCAACUGGAGUUGUAUGGCUCGUUCGACGGCAAGAUUGUCGGUGUAAGGUACUACACCGGCAUGGCCACCGCUGGCGAGGUGGUUGUCUGUCGGAGGGAGCCGGCAAAUCCUUAUGAUUCCAAUGCCAUUCGAGUAGAUAACGUACUCGGAAACCAGAUUGGGCAUAUCCCGAGGGCAGUGGCUGAGAAGCUUGCGCCGUAUCUGGACCGCGGCGAGAUUGCGGUUGAAGCUAUGCUUACCGGCGAGAAAGGCUUCUAUGACUGCCCAAUCCGCCUGUUCAUCUACGGGACCGGCAACCCCCUUGGCCGGGCGAAUUUGGAAGAGCGGCUGAAGAGAGACAAGCUCGUCAAGGCCACGCAACUCAAGCAGACCCGCAAGGAGAACGAGCAGCAGCGGAAGGCCAUGGGCUUGAAGAGUGGCCGGGGAACUGCCGGAUUUGAAGGAGAAGAUGUGUCUCUGGAGCAACUAGCUCAAACCAGCCAGGCUGUGAACUUCCGUGCCGGAGGCGACAUGGUCCAAACCCUGGCAAUGGAUGAAGACCAACUCUCCAAGAUGCCCGAGGCGAAACAACCCGAGACGCUGCGGGCCAAGCUGUUGCCCUAUCAGCUUCAAGGCCUUGCUUGGCUCACGGCCAAGGAGGACCCAUCUUUCCCAGAGCCGGGUUCCGCAGACUCUGUGCAGCUCUGGAAGCGCGAUGCUAGAGGCCGAUACGUCAAUAUCGCCACGAACUUCACUGUUGCGUCGCCUCCACGCCUCCUUUCGGGCGGAAUCCUGGCCGAUGACAUGGGCCUGGGCAAGACUCUGCAGGUGAUCAGUCUGAUCAUGACGGGCGGGCGAGGGAGCACGCUCAUUGUUGCCCCCGUGGGCGUCAUGAGCAACUGGGAGCAGCAGAUCAAGCGCCAUGUGCUCGACGAACACAUGCCCAGCAUCCUCACCUACCACGGAGCCGCGCGACAGACGGCCACCAAGUCGCCGAGGGACUUUGGCGUUGUCAUCACCAGCUACGGCACUCUAACCAGCGAAGCGGCCACUGACGGCCCCCUGUUCAAGGUCGACUGGCGCCGCGUGGUUCUUGAUGAAGGACACCAGAUUCGCAACGCCCGGACGAAGGCAGCCGAGGCGGCCUGUAUGCUGCAGGCGCAGUCGAGAUGGGUUUUGACAGGGACUCCAAUCGUCAACAACAUCCGGGACCUCCACUCACUCCUCAAGUUCCUCCGUAUCACCGGUGGCAUUGAGCAGUCUGAUGUGUUCAACACGGUCAUUGCGAGACCGCUGGCAGUUGGUGAGGCGCGCGCCGAAGCCCUGUUGCAGUCCCUCAUGAAAGACCUCUGUCUCCGUCGUAGAAAGGACAUGAAAUUCGUCGACCUCAAGCUCCCCCCGAAGACCGAAUACAUCCACCGCAUCACAUUUUGGCCCGAUGAGAAGAAGAAAUACGAGGCUUUGCUUUCCGAAGCCAAAGGGGCUCUAGAAGAAUUCCAGAGCAAAUCCUCGUCCGGCCAGCAGGGCAGGUUUCAAGGUGUCCUCGAGAGGCUUCUCCGCCUCCGCCAGACGUGCAACCACUGGACUUUAUGCAAAGAGCGGAUCACCGACCUGAUGAAGCUUCUUGAGGAGCAGGGCGUUGUCCAGCUCAAUGACAAGAAUCGAGCCCUCCUGCAACAGGCCCUCCAGCUCGUCAUAGAGAGCCAAGAGGAAUGUCCCAUCUGCAUUGAUACCCUGAAAGAUGCGGUCAUUACCCAUUGCAAGCACGUCUUCUGCCGCGCCUGUAUUUCUAAGGUGAUUGAGAUACAGCACAAGUGCCCUAUGUGCCGCGCGGGACUGUCGGAAGACAAGCUUGUUGAGCCAGCACCUGAACGCUCGGCCGCGGAAGACGGGGAUGGCCUUGAUCCGGAGACGAAGAGCUCCAAGACAGAAGCGCUACUCAAGAUCCUCCAGGCUACGCUGAAGAACGAAGGCUCUAAAGUGAUCUGCUUUUCACAGUGGACCUCCUUCCUCACCGUUAUCCAACGCCAACUGGAUGAAGCAGGGUAUAUCUACACGCGCAUUGACGGCAGCAUGAACGCGAAGCAGCGCGAUGCCGCGAUCCACGCUCUCGACCAUGACCCGGCCACCCGCAUCAUGCUGGCCAGUCUGAGCGUGUGUAGCGUCGGCCUGAACCUUGCCGCCGCCGACACGGUGAUCCUCGCCGACAGCUGGUGGGCGCCGGCCAUCGAAGACCAGGCUGUCGAUCGCGUCCACCGUCUGGGCCAGACCCGCCCCACGACGGUGUGGCGGCUGGUCAUGGAGGGCACCGUCGAGGAACGAGUGCUCGACAUCCAGGCCGAGAAAAGAGAGCUGGUCACCAAGGCUUUCCAGGAGAAGCAGGGGCAGAAAAAGAAACAGGUGAAGGAAAGUCGGAUGGCCGACGUUUUGAAGUUGCUUGCUUGAUCAUCAUGGAAUCCAACGGAAGCUUGACGGGCACGGGGUUGGAAGGUAAUGCUUGGGUUUAAAAAGAGUAUACAGUUGCUGGAGUUUGGCUUCUUCUACACCUGAGACAUGGGUCGCUUUCUGUGUUGGACCGAUCACUUUGCCAUCGCAACGAUAAGGCGUUCGAUCUCU